GGAUUCCGUCCGUGUGACCAUAGAGAUGAUGACGAACCCGGUCGCGUCAGUGGAGGGAGAGGAGAUAGAUAUGGAAGUAAUGAAACCUCUGAUUGGAGAUGAAAGGAAUUCUGAUGAAAACUCUGAAGAGGACAAUAUGUUUCAGAGAAAAUAUGACUCCAGCAAUGAUGAUGGCUUGACGUUUCUACAAACACUUAUUCACCUUUUGAAAGGAAACAUAGGCACUGGACUACUGGGGCUUCCACUUGCUAUGAAAAAUGCCGGCAUUUUGGUUGGACCUGUCAGCCUAUUAUUUUUUGGAAUUGUAUCCAUUCACUGUAUGAACAUACUGGUCCAAUGUAACCACUUUUUAUGUAAAAGAUACAAAAGAUCAAAUUUAGGAUACAGUGCGACAGUUGGCCUUGCUAUUGAAGUGGGACCUCUGACCUGCCUUCAACGAUAUCCUUCAUUGGGAAGGAACAUUGUUGACUUUCUUUUGGUGGCUACCCAGCUGGGAUUUUGCAGUGUUUACGUUGUCUUUUUAGCAGAAAACAUGAAACAAGUAUGUAUAGCAUUAUUCGAGAGCCAUUCACGGUCUACAGAUCUGGAUGGGAAAUGGAAUUUUGACUUGCGACUUUAUAUGAUCAGUUUCCUUCCAUUCUUAAUUCCAUUAGUCUUUAUUCGAGAUCUGAAGAAUCUAUCUGUAUGUUCAUUUCUUGCCAAUAUUUCUAUGGCUGUCAGUCUGGUCAUUAUUUAUCAGUACACAAUCAGAAACCUUUCUGACCCUCGCACGCUACCUCUUGCAGCCAGUUGGAAAAAAUAUCCCCUUUUUUUUGGGACAGCUAUAUUUGCUUUUGAAGGAAUUGGAGUGGUUCUUCCACUGGAAAAUAGAAUGAGAGAAAAAAAAGAUUUUUCCAAGGCAUUAAACAUGGGUAUGGCCAUAGUGACCAUCUUAUACAUCUCCCUCGCUUUCCUAGGCUACCUUUGUUUUGGGGAUGAAAUAAAAGGUAGUAUAACCUUGAACCUACCUCAAGAAUCAUGGUUGUACCAGCUGGUAAAAGUUUUGUAUUCCUUCGGAAUAUAUGUGACCUAUGCAAUUCAAUACUACGUUCCAGCUGAGAUUCUUAUGCCAGAGGUUACAUCCAGAGCACCGAAAAAUUGCAAGCUCUUGUGUGAAAUUGCCGUGAGGACAUUGCUAGUCUGCCUAACCUGUGCCUUGGCUGUUUCAGUUCCUCGUCUUGACUUAGUGAUAUCCUUUGUCGGUGCUGUAAGUAGCAGCACUUUAGCCCUGAUCCUUCCACCUCUGGUCGAAAUAAUCACUUUUUAUAAAGAAGACCUCAGUCUUUGGGCCAUUGUUAAGGACAUCGUAAUCGCAAUCAUUGGCUUCAUUGGAUUCAUAUUGGGAGCAUAUGUAACAAUUGAAGAAAUAAUUUAUCCAACGAAUGCACUUUCACUGAAUACUACAGACAAUAUUUUUCAGGGGGCCAAUAGCAGUGGUUUAGGUAUUUUUAAAGGGGUAAAUACGAGCAUUUUAGGUAUUCAUUAGCUAUAUAUUUACACCUUUUUAUGUUAAUCUUUAUGAUUCUGUGCCUUUAAGCGGGUUUGAAGGCAAAGUGCAAUGUUAUAAAAUAUUAACAGACGUGUAUUUGCUCAAUUGGAUAUUAUAUUUUGUUUCCUCGUAUCGUAAUAUUACAUUUUUACGGUGUUCUGCAUCAGAGACCUUGAAGUCACGGAGAUAUACUUUCAUAAUCGAAUCCAAGAUUUAUUUUGUAUUCCAAUUUUAUAGGCUACGACACUAACAGUACAAGCAAAUUGCAGGCUAGAAAUACUUUUCAUGCUGGAAAACAUAAGAGCCUUUUUUAUCGGUAGACUUCAAAUGAGUAGUGUUCAACUGGAAGUGACAGCUAAUUAUUGUAACUGUGCACUUACAAUAGAGAAUGGCACAUUCUAGAAUGGACUUCAUAGGUGAAUCUAACUUUUUCUACUUCCUGGGUGCUUGGGUGUAUUUAGGUAGAUAUACAGCUGUACAGGAUCAUUUUGCACUUCUUAUAUAGUUUACAAAAAAGCUAAAAAACAAACAUUUAAAUCUAAUAUAAACUUGUAUUA